CCAUUCUUCAAGCAACAUCCAACAAUAUCAUCACUUUCCUCAAAGAAGUAUCGCCGCUGGUCAUGUUGCCUUACGUUGAUUCCGGAUAAAGUCAUUUUUAUCCUUGCGUGAGUGGCCAUUUCCGUCACUAUGGCUGCUCAGUCGAAACUCCCUAGGGAACGUUCCGUCCGACAGAUUCUCUCCAGCCUGGCAUCAUUGUACCUCCGCCACCGCACAAAUAUUUCUCGCGCAGUCUAUCUCGCGCUAUUUGCUGCCCUCGCAAAGCGUAUUCAUAAUGCUAUAUCGGAGCAAAAGGCGGCGUCUCAGCGUCAGGUGGAUCUGCGGAGGAAACCAGGAACCAGCAGUCUCGGCGAUGGCGGCGACAAACCACGGAAGAAGGUGGGCGUUAAUCGUGAAUUCUUCCGGAACUUGGCACGUCUGCUCAAGAUCGUGAUACCGGGCUGGCGGAGUAAAGAGUUACGCUUGUUGAUAAGCCAUAGUGUCUUUUUGGUGCUGCGGACGCUCCUCAGUCUGUACGUUGCUGAGCUAGACGGUCGGCUUGUCAGCAAUCUGGUGCGAGGGAAGGGAAAGGACUUUCUGCUGGGACUGGUGUGGUGGAUGAUUGUUGCGGGUGCCUGCGACGUUCACAAACUCUAUGUUGUCUUAUCAUCAGUGCAAGCUUGCACUCAGCUACCGCAAGCGCCUUACCGAUCACAUUCACGACAAAUACCUAUCAAACAUGACCUUCUAUGCGAUAUCGGCCUGGACGACCGAGUCAAGAACCCUGAUCAACUCAUUACAGUGGACGUAUCCCGAUUCUCUGAUAGCUUGGCGGAACUUUACUCUAAUCUGGCCAAGCCAAUACUUGACAUGAUGAUCUACAAUUACUCGCUUUCGAAGAGUGUUGGAGGUGAAGGUCUCUUUAUUAUGAGUCUCUUGGUUCAACUAUCUGCCAACGUCAUGCGCGCAUUGACGCCGCCGUUCGGUAAAUACGUUGCCGACGAAGCUCGCCUGGAAGGCGAGUUCAGAUUUCUCCAUUCGAGGUUAAUCGACUACUGUGAAGAAAUUGCUCUAUAUCAUGGCCACGAAGCUGAGAAGGACACCUUGGACAAGGGCUAUUUCACCCUCAUUAAGCAUGUGAAUCGAAUCCUGCGUAGGCGCCUAUACCACGGAUUUAUGGAGGAUUUCGUUAUCAAGUACUUCUGGGGCGCUCUGGGUUUGAUUCUGUGCAGUGUCCCGGUUUUCUUUAGAAUCUCUGAUCAAGUCACCCAGACAAUGGGUGACCGUACAGAAAGUUUUGUCACUAAUAGACGAAUGUUACUCUCCUCAUCAGACGCCUUCGGCCGUCUAAUGUUCUCCUACAAGGAAAUCUCCGAGCUAGCAGGUUUCACAGCCCGUGUAUCAUCCCUGCUUGAUGUGAUGGACGACCUCCUAGCCGGACGCUUCGAAAAGAAACUUGUGUCCUCCGCCUCAACAGAAGAAAACGCUGCCGUACUCUCCGGCCGCGGCAUCGUUGAAGAAAGCGACGCAAUCGAAUUCACCGAUGUCCCCAUCGUUUCCCCCAAUGGUGACGUCCUUGUUCGCAAACUCACAUUUACCGUCCACCCAGGCGACCACCUCCUCAUUGUCGGCCCUAACGGCUGCGGCAAAUCCUCUCUUUUCCGAAUUCUAGGCGGCCUCUGGCCCGUCUACGGCGGCCGCGUGAAGAAGCCUCGCUUUGAAGACAUCUUCUACAUCCCGCAACGGCCUUACCUCUCCCGCGGCACCCUCCGCCAACAGGUCAUAUACCCAGACGGAGUGCGCGAAAUGCGCGCCAAGGGCAUUACGGACGAUGAUCUGUACGAUGUCCUAUCCGUCGUGGAAAUUGCUUCUGUCGUGGAUCGUCCUGACGGCUGGGACGCCGAGGAGGAAUGGCGCGACGUUCUCUCCAUCGGUCUCCAGCAACGAAUCGCAAUGGCGCGACUGUUCUACCACCGUCCUAAAUUCGCGAUAUUGGACGAGUGUACCUCCUCCGUCACACUUGAAAUUGAACGCGUCAUGUAUGAAACGGCGAAGAAACUUGGCACGACACUCAUGACUGUUUCGCAUCGUCGCAGUCUGUGGAAGUACCAUAAGAUGAUUCUGCAGUUUGACGGGCAGGGUGGGUAUAUCUUUACCGGACUAGAUUGGGAGAAGAGAAUGAAGCUGGAGGAUGAGAAGGAAGAACUCGAUCUUCAAUUGAGGGCUAUACCAGAGCUACAGAAGAGGAUGGCCGAGUUGACUUCUACGUAG